AUGUUCAUCCCAUCACCCUCCAUCUUUCUACUCUUUGCUCUCCUGCCCCUUGCAUCCUCCAUUGCCAUCCCGCAAUCCAUCCUCCCAACGGGCCAAACCGUGAAACAAGACAUUAUCAACAUCCACAACGCCGUAUUCGAGCUCGAUGCAACAGUCCAAGCCUAUGAUGGCUCACCAUUCCCAACAUCGCUGGUGGACGGAACCCCCGUACUACUCGGCGUAGCGAAGAUCCACGAAGUGAACCGCGCAGGCUUCCGUCAUGCACUGGCCACGCUUCCGUUUACGGUGCCGGACUCGAAUGACGUGAUUAGUACGGUGACGAACACUGUGAACAAGUCCAUUCCCUCCACAACCAAGCACCUAAAAGAGAAACUGCCCGCGUUCAAAGAAGGCCUCUUGAUCCCAGUGGUGAUCGCGAGUCUGGUACUCCUGCUGUCCGAUCACGACACCUUCAGUGCUGCGACAUUUGCGAAAGUGAAUCCCGGAGUGGGAGAGGCGAAGAUCAAGGAGGGCGCUGAUGGGGUUGCGAAUAUUCAUAAUGUGAUCCAGGAUGCUAUCUUGUUUUAUACUGCGAAUGCGGUGUAG